ACGGCCGGGCCAGCCAUGGAGGAGGGCGGGGAGGAGGCGGAGUUCUGCUUCACGGCGCUCUAUAUAAGCGGCCAGUGGCCUCGGCAGCGCGCAGCUCCUGACCUUCAGCCGCCCAGGUCCAGCGUCAUGGCGCCUUCCAGGAAGUUCUUUGUGGGGGGCAACUGGAAGAUGAACGGGAGGAAGAAGUGUCUGGGGGACCUCAUCAACACCCUGAAUGCGGUCAAGGUGCCGGCCGACACCGAGGUGGUUUGUGCACCCCCCACGGCCUACAUCGACUAUGCCAGGCAGAAGCUAGAUUCCAAGAUUGCUGUGGCUGCACAGAACUGCUACAAAGUGACAAACGGGGCCUUCACUGGGGAGAUCAGCCCUGGCAUGAUCAAAGACUGUGGAGCCACGUGGGUAGUCCUGGGGCACUCAGAGAGAAGGCACGUCUUUGGAGAGUCGGAUGAGCUGAUUGGCCAGAAAGUGGCCCAUGCCUUGGCAGAGGGUCUUGGAGUGAUCGCCUGCAUCGGGGAGAAGUUAGAUGAAAGGGAAGCUGGCAUCACCGAGAAGGUGGUUUUCGAGCAAACCAAGGUCAUCGCAGAUAAUGUAAAGGACUGGAACAAGGUGGUCCUGGCUUACGAACCCGUGUGGGCCAUCGGCACAGGCAAGACCGCAACACCCCAGCAGGCCCAGGAAGUACACGAGAAGCUCCGGGGAUGGCUUAAGUGCAAUGUCUCUGACGCAGUGGCUCAGAGUACCCGCAUCAUUUAUGGAGGUUCUGUGACUGGAGCAAACUGCAAAGAGCUGGCAACCCAGCCCGACGUGGAUGGCUUCCUUGUGGGCGGUGCUUCCCUCAAGCCUGAAUUUGUGGACAUCAUCAAUGCCAAACAAUAAGCGCCACCCAUCUCCCUACCCUUCUGCUAAGCGAGGGACUAGGGAGUCCAGAAGCCUAGUAACUGCUUCCAUCGGUCCCAUGCUUCCGAUGAUGUCACCUGCCCCCUUCUGUGGCCUAAUCCAAACUCUACCUUUACCUCCCGUUUACACCUACCCCCCGGGAGUGGUUGGAACCAGGCCAAUUCCUUUCAUCAGGAUAAUGGUUAGAACUGAAAGUCCCAAGGCUGAGUGAGAGGUGGGAAGGUGGAGUUUGCUGAGACUCCAGGACAGUGAAAUCACCUCCCGUUUCCUUCUCACCUCGAUGCCAAGGUCCUCUUACCCUAGCGGCCAGGGACCCUCCCUUCCCCACAGCAGUGAUGCCUUCGUGUUGUGUCCGUGAGCAGUCCCACAUGGAAGGGAAAUAAACACCUAGCACUGA